GUGCUCCACUUACGGUAACCACGCUCUCCCUCCUCACCACCACCCAUCCUCUCCACCCGCAGACUUCCCUCCCUGGAGCUGAGCAGAAGACCUGCUGCUGGAAGGAGAAGGAGAGUGAGCUGAGGACCAGGAGCAGCGCGGGAGCAGCAGUUUCCUGGACUUUGAAUGGAUCCCUCUGACAGAAUCCAAGCUGUCAGUCAGAGGAACGCUGAUCUUCCAGACUUCCUCUAUGGAAGUGUAAAUAUGAAGCAUAAAUAAGACUUUCAGGACCCAAUAUCGAGCCAGGACACCUUCCAAACCUGCGAGACGACUAUCUGCUAUGAGUGCCUUGGGGAGACGCAGGAGUUGGCUGUGAUGAGGAUGGACUUGCCCGGCCAGUACUUGCCUGAGGAGGUCAGCUGAAGACGACGCCACGCAGCUAAGUCUGGAUUAGCCGGCCGAACGGGUUUCAAUGCUCCUCCACAUUCUAAGAUGAAGUUAUGGAAAGGUGCUACUUUUGCCUUCGUGCUCUGUGGCGCAGCCCUGACCGUCGUCCUCAUUAGAAACACCGCAGAGCUGAACCUCCAGACAAGGCCGCCGGCCUCAGAGUGGUCUCUGACAGAAGCCGAAGCGUCAACGGGAGCUCUCCGCCGAAGGGUCCGCUCAACGGGCAACAACAUGAACUCGCUCCUCUCAGAGUUUUCCAUGAUGCUCCAGAGCUUCACGGAGAGCGAGCUCCAGCACGUGGUCGGAAAUCUGCUGGACAGGAAGAGGCGAAGGAGCCAGCCCCCACUCCACCACAACCAGGCCUCCCGGACUAAAAGGGCCCGUAAGCCCAGGCCCUGCGACCUGAGGAAGCUGGUCCUGAAGGUGAGCGAGCUGGGCCUGGGCUACGAGAGCGACGAGGAGAUGGUUCUGAAGUACUGCAGCGGGAGGUGCACGGCCCACCGGCAGAACUACGACCUCACCAUGAGGCACAUGGUCCAGACGGCCUUCCACGACCGGCGCCGGGACAAGGUGAGCAGCGGGCCGUGCUGCCGGCCAACGGCCUUCGAGGAGGCGCUCACCUUCCUGGACAACAGGAGCCGCUACCACAUCAUUCAGAACGUGUCUGCAAAGAACUGCGGCUGCGUAUGACCCGCGGCACCGCCGGAGGCCGAGGGCUCUCAGCAGCAAACUGUUGAAGACUGUGUUGAAUGUUAGGAAGUGUCGCCGCCCUGUAGGCCAGACCGGGAACAGCGAGGUUGACGAACCGAAGAGACUUCUUUCCAUCUUUGUAGCGACGCUGUUCGUGUCUGUGGGUAAGCUGGCGGUGGGUACGAUGCCGCUCUGACCGUUUUCAGGCCCGCAGUGACAAAAACCACAUGAAAAAGAGGAAGAAAACGCUACCGGACUGGAAGUCGACCCUCAGUUCCUGCACAGGAAGAGGACUUACAGGACAACCAUGUUCAGUUGCUGCAGGUUUGAUACCCAUUUGAAAUGUUUGUGUUUUAUAUAUGGAUGCUGUGUAGACUCCCCCCUCAAAACGCACACCCGCCCAUUCUGUGGAGCCCCAUCUACUGCCCAAAGAAUAUUUUCUACUGUUUCUACUCUCCUGAAAAGUCCUACAUAAAAUAUUGAAUUACCCAUAAUCCUCUGAAAUGAUAUCUUAAAGAAUUGCCAAAAGCGGCUCAAAAGAACGAACGGCGACUUUGUCUGCAGCGGUUUUAUGCGCUUGAUUCUCAUUAUCGGCGCUUCGUCCUUUCAGUCCAAACCUUCUGGUUUCCUUCUGCGGGUCGUGGGGCAGCUGAAGCGACAUUUGAAUCCAGUCUGGCCCCCAAAGCGGCCUUCUCCGGCCCCCAACACGCCUCCCCUUCAUUCAGCCUGCUCCUCCUGGAGGGGGGGGGGGGGUGAAUUAGGAUCCCUUUGACCCUCAUUCAUCUUUGCUUUUUUGUGAACUGAUUGAAACCGCCUGAAGUUCUUCAGAUGUUC